GAAGGAUGGGGGACGGGGGGUCACCCAGUGCAGCAUCCCCUUCCUGCCAUGCACCCAGCACCCAUCAUCGCAGGGGUGAGCAAGAGGUGACGGCAGCAACAGCCCCGGGUGCCUCGGGGCCGCGUCCCACUCACGUGCGCGGCAGCCGGCGCAGGAUUUGGGGUGUUUCCCCUCCGCUGCGGUCGGGAGUGCCGCGCGUUCCCCCCCCGGGCGAGCGGGGCCGGGGCGGUAAGUGCUGCCUCGGCCGCUUAUAUUUCAGGCGCGGGGCUGUUGGCUCGGUGCUGACCAGGGCACACAGGCAACCCAUUGUUGGAACCCCUCCGACGCGGCGGCGAGCAGGUACUGACCAUGGAAACAAUGUCGAGGCAGACGAGUGCGCUGGUGACAGCCGUCGUGGGCUGGGUGGCCACUAUCCUCACCUGUGCCCUGCCCAUGUGGAGGGUGACAAACUGCCUCGGCUCCAACUCCAUAGGGUCCCAGUCGUACUCGGAUGGGCUGUGGGUGACCUGUGCCAACGACGGCACAGCGCAGUCUCAGUGCAGGUACUACAGCUCCCUGCUGGAGAUCACCCCCGACCUGCAAGUUGCCCGUGUCCUGGUGGUCGCCGCCCUCAUCACAACCUUCGCCGGCAUCCUCAUCGCCCUCGCGCGUGGAGCCUUCUCCAGCUGCAUGGGCGGCGGCGGCAACAAGGGCGCGUACAUCUCCGUGACAGGAGCCUUGUUCGUCGCCUCCGCCGUCCUGCUCCUCGUCGCCGUCUCCUGGACUACCAGCAACAUCGUCAACAACUCCUACACCCCCACGGGGCCCGAGGCCGUCAGUAGAGAGGUGGGGGCUGCCAUCUACAUCGGCUUCAUCGCCACUGCCCUCUUGCUCGCCGGUGGGAUUGCCCUGUCCCGCUUGGGAACCCAAUACCCGCAGGAUUCCUACGCCAAGAAUUACAGAGGGGUGAAAACCUGCGAUUCAACAGGCUACCCCAUGAAGGACUACGUGUGA